AAGGAUUCAAACAGCGCGCCUCUCGAUGGUAUAUAAGACACGCGGUUUCCUCGUCAAAGGGUAGAUUACUCCAUUAAGUGAUUUCUGCACGGUCGCGAAUCGUACAUAGUUCACUUACCCUCACCAAUCACCAUGGCCCGCUAUCUUGCUGUUUUGGCUCUUGCCCUCCUCGCUGUGAUCUCAUUGGCUGCCGCUGCGCCCGCCUCCGACAACGGACCAAUCGCCGCGUCGGAUGCCAAGGCUGCCCCAGUGGCCGCCGAUGCCGAACCCAAGGAAGCCCUGAAGGGCGCCGAAUCCGCCUACUACCCCUAUGUCGCCCCAUACUACGCCUACUCUCCGUACUACGCACCGUACUACCCCAAAUACUACGGCUACCCCUACGUCUACCCUCACAUCUACGGCUAAGAAACCAAACACGACUCGGUCUCGCAGACACGAGAGAAAAAUCGGUAAGAUCGACCAAGAAUGCAAAAUCUGUGUGGAAUAAUAACAUCUGGACGGGUAACCAUCCAGAGAUCUCAUUAACAUUGGCGGAGCCAGCAAAUUGGCAACAUUGUAUUUUUUCCAUUUAAACCUAUGGAAAUGUAUCGAUUCUUGGAGGGGCCAGGUGCUCCGACAAGAAUCGAUUAUUUAGCAUAGGUUUAAAUGGAGGCAUGGGGUGUUGCUAAUUUACUGGAUCCGUCUCUGCUCAUCAAAUUUAAAAAAUAAUUGAUUGCUACAGUAAUUUUACUGGAGAAUUUGAUAAUUAGCUACUCCUGGUGCAAAUCCGCAGUUUGGUCGAAUUUUCAAAUAUCUUGGUUAAUUUCACCGGUUUUUUUUCUUGUGGGGUGCAAAAACGUCAAUUUCGAUUUUGACGAUUUUACCUUUAUUCGGUUCAAUCUGAUGCAUCGAUGCUGCUCAAUGAUGAUUGGUGGAGUGUCGAUGUAGAAUAUUGAGCUUUGAGACCGAGCAUGUCCGCAUCAACUUUCCUGCCUCUUCAAAUUAAAGCUCAACUCACAGACUGAAAAUCCUUGGCAAGGAGCUCAAAAGCGCCUCCAAAAAAGUUAUUACAGAACGAAAGUUAGUGGUUCCCACGGAGCCACUGUCGUUGUUAAUGUACCUCAAGUGUUCACUUUGUUUGUUUUCAAAUUCCAAAGUUUUUGUACUUUCUGAUUUCUUUUUCACAAUAAAAGCAUUGAAAACAAA